UCAGCCUCACAAUUUAUACGCACACGCGCGCUAACCGAAAUGCGCCAAAUAACACCAUAGCUACUCAUAUCACCGCUAGCGCACUCGUCUAAGUGAAGCGCGUUUAUUCUUAUUUUUAUUUAUUUUUUGCUGCAACCAACCAUCCUUCUCGUGCACUCCUCACUCCUCCUCCUCCUAUUUCUCCUCCUCCUCUUCUUCUUCAUCAUCAGACCACCUGCAGAUGAGCGCCGUGUGUGCAUGAAAGGCUCACUCGUAGCUUCGACGACAAAACCGGACGAUUUGCGUGUGGUGGGUUUGACAGCGAGAGAGAGAACACACCCCUGGGCGCCACUUCCACCAUGGCGUUAACGAUCUGCACGAGAUUUACCGACGAAUAUCAGCUGUUUGAGGAGCUGGGGAAGGGAGCCUUUUCUGUGGUCAGAAGGUGUGUGAAGAUCUCUUCUGGCCAAGAGUAUGCUGCCAAAAUCAUCAACACUAAGAAGCUCUCUGCCAGAGAUCAUCAAAAGCUGGAGAGAGAGGCGAGAAUCUGCCGUUUACUGAAACACCCCAACAUUGUGCGCCUUCAUGACAGCAUAUCAGAGGAGGGCUUCCACUAUUUGGUGUUUGACCUUGUGACGGGAGGAGAGCUCUUUGAGGACAUUGUGGCUCGUGAAUACUACAGUGAGGCUGAUGCCAGCCACUGCAUCCAGCAGAUCCUGGAGAGUGUCCAUCACUGCCAUGUUAAUGGGAUCGUCCAUAGGGAUUUGAAGCCUGAGAACCUUCUAUUGGCCAGUAAGCUGAAGGGGGCGGCUGUCAAGUUAGCUGACUUUGGGCUGGCUAUCGAGGUGCAGGGGGACCAGCAGGCAUGGUUUGGCUUUGCUGGUACCCCAGGGUACUUGUCUCCUGAGGUUUUGAGGAAAGAUCCAUAUGGGAAACCAGUGGAUAUGUGGGCUUGCGGAGUGAUUUUGUACAUUCUACUGGUGGGUUAUCCUCCGUUCUGGGAUGAAGACCAGCACCGCCUUUACCAACAAAUCAAGGCUGGAGCCUAUGACUUCCCAUCCCCCGAGUGGGACACCGUAACUCCUGAGGCUAAAGAUCUGAUCAAUAAGAUGCUAACCAUAAACCCCAGUAAACGUAUCACUGCCUCAGAGGCCCUUAAACAUCCCUGGAUCUGCCAACGGUCCACUGUAGCUUCCAUGAUGCACAGGCAGGAGACUGUGGAGUGCCUGAAGAAAUUCAACGCUAGGAGGAAACUCAAGGGGGCUAUACUGACCACUUUGCUGGUCACAAGAAACUUCUCAGCAGCCAAGAGCCUACUGAACAAAAAGUCAGAUGGCGUUAAGGUAAACAACAAAGCAAACACAGCGACCAGUCCUAAAGACACUGGCCCUGCCCCUGCACUGGAACCACAGACGACUGUGAUCCACAACCCUGUGGAUGGAAACAAGGAGUCUAUUGAGAGUGCCAGCACCACCAUAGAAGAUGAGGAUGUUAAAGCCCUUCGUCUGGGCAGCUUAGUGAGCGGUAUCAUGAGCUCUAAGAGCCGUUCCUCACAGAUGUCUGAGUCAAGGCAGACUCCUACCUCCUCAUUUCAAACCUGCACCAAUAACGCUAAAGCUCGCAAACAGGAAAUUAUCAAAGUCACUGAGCAGUUGAUUGAAUCUAUCAACAAUGGAGACUUUGAGGCCUAUGCGAAGAUUUGUGAUCCCGGUCUGACUUCUUUUGAGCCCGAGGCAUUGGGAAAUCUGGUUGAAGGGCACGACUUCCAUCGCUUUUACUUUGAGAAUGCUCUGUCUAAAGGGAACAAGCCAGUGCACACCAUUCUUUUGAACCCACAUGUUCAUCUCAUCGGGGAGAACGCGGCAUGUAUCGCCUACAUUCGCCUGACCCAGUACAUGGAUGGCAGUGGCAUGCCUCGCACCAUGCAGUCUGAAGAGACCCGCGUGUGGCACCGCCGUGACGGCAAGUGGCAGAACAUCCACUUCCAUCGCUCUGGAUCACCCAGCAUCCCUUCCAAUUAAUGGAAAUGGUGGUUGAAAAAAAAGAGAAGAACAUCCCAUCCCAUCAGCAAAUGUGUGAGUAGAGCAGUUAAGCCAACCCGUGACUGCUCUCCAAACUUUGACCUUCUAAAGACAUGGCACAGGACACAAGUAUUAAUACAUUUUACAGUUAUGGCAUUUAAUCAAUGGACUUCAUUCUUAAUAAACCACCUGCGGGUGGCUGCACACAGUAUAAGGACAUUAUGAAACAAGCAUAUUGGCAACUUUUUUUUGGUUUUGUUUUAUAAGAUGUUUUGGUAUGCAUUUGAAAUAUAUCAAUUAGAAAUCUACUGCUGUAACCUCUCCUGGAAAAUAUUUGUGUAUUUUUAUGUGUAUUUCUGUGCGUGUAAUACAAGACAAAAACAAUUGGAGGAUCCGAAUGUUCAAAUUGAGCUUGCUUUAGUUCUGGUGAUGUAAAUAUACAUUGUGAUCGUUGAAGAAAACAAAACCAAAUGUUGAAAUUGCUAUUCUUGCUAUCAGAGGAAUUAAGAUUUUAUGUCAAAUCCAAUUUACAAACUAUAUUUAUGUUUGCUAUGAGCUAUAAGUCAUACCGUUCCAAUUGUCUGACUUUAACAUAUUAUACUAAUUUAAAUGUAAAGAAAGCAGAGCUUACACUUUGCAUUGGAAUAUGUUUGCCUUUAUAUCAGUGAUAUAAGAAAUAAGAGAAUGUAGCAUAUAUGUAAUAUAUGAACAUCCAAGACUAUUGUGUAGUGCAUGGGGGGAAAUAUUGAGUAAGAUCAUAUGAAACUAUAAUAUCAUCUGUUUGAGUUGUGACUCACUGACUUGUUUGUUUAAUGUCGUGCACCAGUCCUGUCCCAAAUGUUUCUAUUGUCCUCCAGUAUCAUGGAACUUGUUGUAGAAACAAGAACACAAUAAAGUUCAAAGCUGCGAAUCGAAAGGAAAGAGUGGAAAAAGAUAAAAGCACCUCUUGCAUUUUGUAUUAACAUAUUUAGAAAGUGAGCUCAUUUUUCACAAUGUUUGUACUUGUGUAUUGUACGGCUGUACGUAAAGGGUUUUCUUUUGUCAUUUUCCCAGUGUGUUACAUUGCCAAUUGCACGGGAAGAUGAUGACGAAGAAGAAAGAGGAAUCGUCACAGGAAUUCACAACAUUGCUAAACAUGCAUGAAAGAUUGGGAGGUGUGUUUCAUGACCAUUAUUAGCAGGAAAACAACGCUUGUGUCCUUACCAUCUUUUCAGCUGGUUUAGCCCUCUCUUUUUCUAAAAAAAAAAAAUGGACAAAACAAGAACCCUUUCUUUUGAUGAAACGUACGAUGUCAAUUCAAUGCACAGCCCCUGAACUGGUGUGUAACUGUUUGCCAGCACGGCAAUGGAUGGCUUAUAAUGUUCAAGAAGUAAAUAAAUAAGCUUAACAGUGUGAUCGUGACUGCAUUUUGGU